AUGAAUUUAGCAAAUUGUAAAGAUAAACACCCAAAUUUAUUAUUCGCCAAUUUUAAUCAAGAUUAUAGCUGCUUUGCAUGUGGUACAGAGAAAGGAUUUCUUAUAUUUUCAUGUGACCCAUUUAAAGAAAGAUUUGGUAGAGUAUUCGAUGGUGGUGUUGGUAUUGUUGAGAUGUUAUUCAGAUGUAAUAUUUUAGCAAUUGUAGGUGGUGGUAAAAAACCAAGAUACACACCAAAUCAAGUUAUGAUAUGGGAUGAUUAUCAAAAUAAAUGUAUUGCAAAAUUAGAAUUUAAAUCAGAAGUUAAAGCAGUUAAAUUAAGAAGAGACAGAAUUGUAGUUGUACUUGAAAAUAAAGUUUAUCUUUAUAAUUUUUCAGAUUUACAAUUAGUUCAUCAAUUAGAGACAACAAAUAAUCCAAAAGGUAUUUGUGCAAUUUGUCCAGGUACAGUAAAUGUUUUAGCAUGUCCUGGUUUGAAACCAGGUUAUGUUCAUGUUGAAUUAUAUGACUUAAAACAAACACAAAUCAUUCCAGCACACGAAGGUGCACUCUCUCAAAUUGCACUCAAUAAAGAUGGUACCCUUUUGGCAACUGCCUCUGAAAAAGGUACUUUAAUUCGUAUUUUUGAUACAGCUACAGGUGAAAAAGUUAAAGAGUUGAGACGUGGUACCAAUAGAGCAGAGAUUUAUAGUAUUGCAUUCAAUAACGAUUCAACUGCAUUAUGCGUUUCAAGUGAUAAAAAUACUGGUCAUAUUUUCGAUUUAUCAAUGGCUAAACCAUCACCAAAAGAAGAAGAUACACAACAAAAAAAUAGACAAUCAACAUUUUCAUUUAUGGGUGAUAUAUUACCAACAAAUUAUUUUAAAUCUGAAUGGAGUGCUGUACAAUUUCAAAUCCCAGAAUCAAGAUCAAUUUGUGCAUUUGGUUCUACACCAAAUUCAAUCAAUGUAAUUUGUGCCUCUGGUAUCUGUUAUAAAUAUACCUAUGAUUUUUCAAAAGGUGAAUGUAAAAGAGAAGAAAAUCCUCAUCAAUUCAUUGAAAAUGAAGAAUCUUAA